AUGACCAGCUUUAUCUACCCAGUUGUUGUCGCAUGGACCUGGGGUGGCGGCUGGCUCGCCAGCAUUUUUGAUGUGGGAUACAUGGACUUCGCGGGCUCAGGUGUUGUCCAUUUCACAGGGGGUGUUUGCGGCCUCGCUGGCACAGUCAUCCUUGGCCCCCGGAGAGGACGCUUCGAGAAUCCCGAGGAGUUCGAGUAUCACAACAUCCCACUGGUCGUGCUCGGAACCUUCGCGCUUUGGUUCGGCUGGUAUGGCUUCAACCCAGGAUCCACCCUCUCGAUGCACGAUAAGGAGAUGGGUGCCCUCGCAGCACAAGUGGCCAUGAACACCACUCUUUCCGCCGCCACCUGUGGGAUCACCGUGUUCCUGCUGAAGUUCGUGCUCGUGCGCAAGUACGAUGUCGGCGCGCUUUGUAACGGAAUUCUUUCGGGCUUGGUCUCCAUCACUGCGGGCUGCGGAAACAUGGAGUGCGGCAGUGCUGUUCUCACCGGCUUCAUUGGUGCUUUCUUCUACCAGGCGGCGUCCAGUCUCCUUGUGAGACUGAAGAUCGACGACCCCGUGGAUGCCAGCGCAGUGCACGGAGCCUGCGGCGUCUGGGGGCUUCUCGCCGCUGGUCUCUUCGAUUGGGGGAAGGGCUUUGACCACUAUCACGGCUGGAGCGGUUUCGGCUGCAUGGCCGGCGACGAUGGUGCAUGCCGCAAGGGCUUGGGAGGCGCCGCCAUUGGAGCACAGAUUGUCAUGAUUCUGGCCAUCAUCGCAUGGGCAGGUACGCUGUCCACGCUGUCCUUCCUGGUCCUGAAGUUUUCGGGACUUCUUCGGAUUGGCGAAAACAUUGAGAAGGUCGGCUACGACAUGCACUCGCACUCUCCGCCCAAGGCCUACGCGUUCAAUGGCCAUGACCCAAAAUCAUCAUCGAGCGAGGAAUCGGGGUCGGAGGGGUGCCUGUGA